AUGAAUGAAGAAGACGCAUUGGUUUCUGGUGAGGUUAUCGAAAAGAACUGUUCGCUGAACACCGAUGGCAGAACAAUGGCUUGCUAUACGUGUAUGGGCCGCGACAUGGCGAAUUGCUUGCAUGGUAUCACCUGCUGUAAGGGCUCAUGCUUCAAGCUCAUUGAUGCAGAUCAUGCUGAUUCGAAUGAGUUUGCAGAUGAGGGACAGCAAUGGGAUCAAGUUAUGAUUCUCGAUAAGCUGAAGAAGAGAAUCAUUAUAGAGCACGACAUGGUUGUGAAAGGAUGUACUAAUGAUGAUGAGGAGGACGCCUCGAUGAAGGUUCGCACACUUAACGUGGGGUUGUACUGGGUGUAUCAGGAAAAAGUGAAAGGUAAAUCAUGA